CAGCUGGACAAGAACGAUUCCGUGCAGUCACACGGUCGUACUAUCGAGGUGCAGCUGGUGUGUUGAUGGUGUUUGACAUCACGAGACGGAGUACAUUCAACCAUCUGUCGUCGUGGCUCACAGACGCAAGAAACCUCACCAACCCUAACACCGUGAUCUUCCUAAUUGGAAACAAGGCUGAUCUGGAUGCCGAGAGAGAUGUUACUUUCGAG